AUGGCUCUAGCUGGCCAGGCUGUCGCUAUGCAGAUGCGGCCUUCGCUGCAGGUGGUGUGUCUGGGACAUCGCCUUUCAACCACAAUGAAAGCCGAAACAAACUUCAUUCUUCUGUCACACUCUUUGCUGGACCGGGAACAGUUCCGGACUGCACCUGGGCUAGACAAGAAGCGAAGCUCUCCCCUUUUCCUCCUCAUCAAGACCUCCAUCAGCCACAGGAAGCAGAUGGGAUUGAUCUAUUCUCGUCCACCGAGCAACCGCAACUCGCUCUCGCUCGUCCCAUCCACAACUCAACCACACCGCCACCAUCGUCGAAGAAAGACUACCCGCCGACACCCCAAGGCGAAAGACACCAAUUCCAACCCCAACACCCAUCCACGCACUAUGCACUGCGCCAAUGACGUCCCGCUGAACCAACGCGACACCUGGACUUUCGACGACAUCCAGACCCGCAAGCUCCUCCACUGCAACCCCUCCCCGGAGGUGAUCCCGACCCAGACCCCGAUCCCUACACAUACCCACACCACGACAACCACGACCACGGCCACGGCCACAGCCACGGCCACAGCCACGGCAACCUACACCAACGUCGGGCUGACCGAAGCGGCUGCCCUUGGUCUGGCGCUAGAUCUCUCGCGUCGGCAGGAGACGGAGCGCCAGGCGCUAGCGGAGCAGAGUCGACUGGCUGUGGAAAUGGAGGCGAGGCGUGAGAGGGAGAGGAUUGAGAAGAAGCUGGCGGAGAGGGCGGCGGAGAGGAGGGAGCUGCUGGAGGCGGAGAUGACUCAGGCGGAGAGGGACAUGAGCUUCCGGUUGGAGAGGGAGAUGAGGGCGAGGAUGGAAGAGGAGAUGAGGGCCGAGCGGGAGAGGGCGUUGGAGAAAGCCAGGCUCAAGGCACAGCUGGAGAAGGAGGCGAUGAAGAAGACUCGGGAGCUGGAGGAGGCGGCCAUUGCCAAGGCAAUGGAGGAGUCCAUCAUGUCGGAGACGACGCGGAAGCUGAUGGAAAUGGAACAUGCGGGGAGGGAACAGAGGCGAUUGGGGGCUGCCGUGGGCCGGAUGAUGGCCGAUUCAGAGGCGGAGGCGCAGACGGAGAGAAUGAGGCGGCGGAUUCGGGGGCAACCCGCGUCGGAGUGGGCAAGGGAGACCCCGCAAAGCACGACGGAGUCCGCACAGUCUUUCGCCACUGCGCCCUAUCCGACCUACACCAACACGAACAGAAGCUGGGGUCCGCUGCCGGGGCCGGCCGGGUACGACCACGCUUCCCCGCAGACCUUUGCGCGCCGAGACCUCUUCAUCAACGACAACCAACGUCCGCGCCAUUGGGGCAAUGGUGCCAGGCCCGGUCUCAUCGGCGAGACCCAUGCCACGGGCUGGGACAAUAUGGGCAUGGGCACUGAGCAGUGGCGCGGGACGACAACCGAACGUUGGGAUGGCGUCAGCCACCAGCAGAAUGGUACUCGCGACGCAUACAAAGGGUACAAGGAGGUUUACAGGUCCACCAGGCGCUUCUUGUAG